GAGAUUUUAAGGGCAGAGCGACCCUCUUUCCCGAAUCCGGCAUCGGCCUGUUCGUUUCUCUUUCUCUCCCCUCAUGAGCAGCGCUAAUGUAGCGUCUCUAGGUCAGAACCGGAAGCGGAAGACGUGACCAGGGACAGCGGCGCAGGGGUGAGGGAAAUGGCUGGCUGGUGGCGGUUGCUAGGCGCUGGUGGCCUGCGGGGCAUCUGGGCCAAAGAGCAGCUACCAAACCAUUUGGACAGAAGGACAUUCCUUGGAUGUUCCCACUCUAAAACUAUCCCUAACCUGGUAUGGCUACAGAAAGAGAGUUUCCUGAAGCCAUGCAGAUCUGGAAUUUCCACCACUAUUGCCACCAAGUCUGGAGAGGAUGCAGCAUUCAGAUGGGGCCUCCUUGUUAUCCCUGUGGCUACGUUUUUCCUUGGCACGUGGCAGGUUCAGCGGCGGAAAUGGAAAUUGAAAUUGAUUGCUGACUUGGAAGCAAGGGUUACAGCAGAGCCAAUCCCAUUGCCACUUGACCUCCUGGAAUUGAAGGAGUUGGAGUACAGGCCAGUUAGAGUCCGGGGAUAUUUUGACCAUACGAAGGAGUUGUAUAUACUUCCACGUUCCCUUGUUGAUGUGGAGAAAGAGGCCAGGUCCACCGGCCAGCUGAUGUCAAAUCCAGAGAGUGGUGCUAACGUGAUUACACCUUUUUACUGCACAGAUCUUGGAAUCACAAUUCUUGUCAACAGGGGCUUUGUCCCCCGAAAGAAGUUGAAGCCAGAGACCAGAUUGAAAGGACAGAUUCAAGAAGAAAUUGAGCUCACUGGAAUGGUAAGGCUGUCAGAAAGCCGCAAACCCUUUGUCCCAGAGAACAACGUUGAACAGAACCGCUGGCAUUACCGUGACCUGGAAGCCAUGGGGAGAGUGACUGGGGCUGAGCCCAUUUUUCUUGAUGCAGAUUACAGGAGCACAGUUCCAGGGGGGCCAAUUGGAGGCCAGACAAGAGUGACCUUAAGAAAUGAACAUAUGCAGUAUAUUAUUACUUGGUACGGCUUGUGUGCAGCCACGUCCUAUAUGUGGUACAAGAAAUUCAUCCAGAAAGUGCACCUGUGAGCCUCCCAGCUCCUUAAUGAAAUGGCUUGUAAGAGUGACAGUUGCCUCGUUCAGCCAGAGAAGUUCAUAGAGGAAAUGACUCUUGAAAAGAUCACUGAGCUUGACCAGAAGAAAGCCUCCCGUUGUUCCCUAUGGAAGUGGGCUACAGCUACCAUAAGCAUGAAUUAAUCUUGAGAUGAAGGUUUACAAGCCAGGAAUCUUGAAAAAUGCAUUGAAGGCAGAGCUGAAAAAUAGGAUGCCGCUCUUGGCAUGUAGAUUUUGUUUUGCAACUCAAAAAGCAUAUGGAAAACAAUCAGAGGGGCUAGAUGAAAGUUUGGUGUAGGGAGCCAGAAUGCUUGAUCCAAGCUUAUGAAAUCAGGGUUUUUGAAUGUCUAGGGUAUUGGUAAACACAUCAUGAGACUUUGCCAACUUUUAGUCAUCUUUGUGUACUAAGGAAACCAAGCCUCAAGACCUGCCAGAGUGACUUCUUGUACUAUACACCCUCAUUUGAGGAUCAUGAAAAUGGACUUGGCUUGACUUUAUCCUGCCUUCUUCGAUAUUAAAAAAUGAGAGCAGCUUACAAAUACUAGAGUGUAUGCAAAGAAAAAAAGAUGCUUGUAAAUCAACUGAACACAUCUGUGUUGGCAGGGGGAAAGAUAACAGGAGGAAUAAAAUU